GGAAAGCUGUAUUACCUUUGGUGCUGAAGCUCAAAAGACAACACGGAUUUCACAAUGGGCUCCAUCGGUGCAGCAAGCACGGAAUUUUGUUUUGAUGUCUUCAGGGAGCUGAAAGUCCAGCAUGUCAAUGAGAACCUCUUCUAUUCCCCCUUGAGCAUCAUUUCAGCUCUGGCCAUGGUCUACCUAGGUGCAAGAGACAACACCAGGACCCAGAUAGAUAAGGUUGUUCACUUCGAUAAAAUCCCAGGAUUUGGAGAGAGUAUAGAAUCUCAGUGUGGCACAUCUGUAAGCGUCCAUUCUUCACUUAGAGACAUACUCACCCAAAUCACCAAACCAAGUGACAAUUUUUCACUCAGCUUUGCCAGUAGACUUUAUGCUGAAGAGACAUACGCAAUCCUGCCGGAAUACUUGCAAUGUGUGAAGGAACUGUAUAAAGGAGGCUUGGAGUCUAUCAGCUUCCAAACAGCUGCAGAUCAAGCCAGAGAGCUCAUCAAUUCCUGGGUUGAAAGUCAAACAAAUGGAAUCAUCAAAAAUAUCCUUCAGCCAAGCUCUGUGGAUUCCCAGACUACAAUGGUCCUGGUUAAUGCCAUUUACUUCAAAGGAAUGUGGGAGAAAGCAUUUAAGGAUGAAGACACUCAAACCAUACCUUUCAGAGUGACCGAGCAAGAAAGCAAACCUGUGCAGAUGAUGUACCAGGCUGGUUCAUUUAAAGUGGCCAUGGUGACUUCUGAGAAAAUGAAGAUCCUGGAGCUUCCAUUUGCCAGUGGAAUGAUGAGCAUGUGGGUGCUGUUGCCUGAUGAAGUCUCUGGCCUGGAGCAGCUCGAGAAUACAAUCAGCUUUGAAAAACUGGCAGAAUGGACCAGUUCGACUAUGAUGGAAGAGAGGAGGAUGAAAGUGUACCUCCCCCGCAUGAGGAUGGAGGAGAAAUAUAACCUCACGUCUGUCUUCAUGGCCUUGGGUAUGACCGACCUGUUCAGCUCAUCAGCCAAUAUGUCUGGCAUCUCUUCAACAGUAAGCUUAAAGAUGUCUGAGGCUGUCCAUGCAGCAUGUGUGGAAAUCUUUGAAGCAGGCAGAGAUGUGGUAGGCUCAGCAGAGGUAGAUGUUACGAGCAUCUCCGAAGAAUUUAGGGCUGACCACCCAUUCCUCUUCUUCAUCAAGCACAACCCAACCAACAGCAUUCUCUUCUUUGGCAGAUGGAUUUCCCCUUAAAGAAAAUAAAGUUGAAAGAGUUUCUGCCCCUUACAGCAAGACCCAAAGCACUGUAGUACCAAGGGUAAAAAAGAAAGGCAUAUUUUCUGUCACAGCCAUAUAAAACAAAACAAAACAAAAAAUCUGAGAGAAAUUACAAUAUGAGAACCCUUUGUCUUUCCUUUAUGCAUCAUGGAUGAAGGGUUAAAGGAAUGAAAACUGCACCCAAAGAAAGCAUAAUCAUGAACAAAGAUGUUCCUGGUGCAAACUAACAUUUCAAUAAUACUGAAUCAUCAGAAUCAUCACAUUGAAAAAUGCAACCUGAUUUACCAGCAGAAGUUUUACGGGGAAAAAAAUGCAGCCUUCUGAUUAAUCCAGGUGUCUGCAUGACCAGGCUUUGUGGUGACUCCUCCAGAAUUAGUCACUUGUGAGCUCUCAGAUUAAACUAUCAAUUGUCACCAACGAUUCCUAUGCUGACAAGGCAAUUGCUUUUCCUUUGUGCUCCUGGUGCUGCAGGGCUCUUCCUCACUUUUCUAAGAUGCCUUAUAGAAAUCUUAUAAUUCACAUUUCUCCUUAAACUUUUUGGCUCAAUCAUCAUGACCAAAUAUGGCAUGUUACUACUCAAAUUGUUUUUCUUGUAUUCACAUGUAAUGGGUCUUGUGUAUGUACCCU